AUGAGCAGCCUGGUACAGAUCACGAGUGUUAAUCCUAGGAUUGGCUGGCCUGGAACCAUCGUCACUAUUACCGGGAGCAACUUUUCAUCGCACCUUGAUGGCAACACAGUCGACGUCGGAUCCGUGAGAGCCGUGGUGCUAAAGGCGAGUGCAACCAAGCUGCAGGUCGUCGUCGGCGACAAUGCGGUCCCCGGACCCGUCGUGGUGAAGCGCGGUACGGCGGUAGCAACAUUCGCCAGCCCCUUCAAGAUUGCGGCCUAUCUCAACAUCACCAACACGUCGAAUGUAGGUCCGCCGCUGACGUUUCACGGGCCUUCGAGGGGCACGCCACGGCCCGGAGUUGUAAACCAACCGGUGUUUGUCGUCUUCUGCCACGGCAAAGGAGACGCUCCGCGACGCUCGGAUGCUAUUUCAUCCGACAUGAUGUCCGAACUUGCAAACGUCAACCGCUACUGGAGCGAGGUGGCGUACGCGGCCCAGAGAAGCCUGAACCCUUCCGGGCCGCAGGGCACGACCUGGGACUUUGUUCAAGGCCCCUGGGUGGAGUUGCCCAAAGCUACCAAUGAAUACAUCUACCAGGAGGCAGACAUAGCUUUAGGCAUAGUCAAUCUCAUCAAGAAGACGAGGCGGUGGUCCGUCAUUUCCGGUUCUAGGGCAGUGUGCGUACAUGCCGGCGGCGGCCUCACCGUCACAGACCUGAGUUCACCCCCGGCCCCGACGGCGACACUUGCGGCAAACUGGGUUGGCUACCAAGUCGUCGUUGGCGAGAACGUCGCCUUUGUUGCCGCAGGUGCAGAUGGCCUGAUUUCCGUCGACAUUAGUGGCCCGCUGCUUGCCGAGCUAGAUCGGGUCGAUGGCAUCCGAGAGGUCAUCUCGUGUGAUCUGAAUAGCAACGUCCUCAUCGCUGGUUGUCUGGAUGAGAACGCUGUGAUGCUGGACAUUAGUGACGCGAGGAGCAUGUCCGUUGUCAGCAAUCUCCUCGCGACCUACAAGCCAAGCAACCCCUUCAUCAAGGUGGUUGGGAACCUGUUGUUUACAGCGUCUGGACCAGACGUGGUCCUCUUCGAUCUCGAAUCUCAAGAUGGGCCUUCGAAAGUGUCUGAAAUUAAUGCCGACGCCAUCGUCACUGGCAUCGACGUCGUUGACAACACCGUGCAGCUGGUUGGGACCAAGGUUGUGGCAGCAUGCGGCCCGCAAGGUAUUCUGACGGUAGAUGUUGCCGACCUCAGGAACCCCCCCGACUGGUGCGCUCGGCCGCGACAUCUCGGAGUUGCUAUCACGUCACUCCACCGAUGCCUGGUUCUCCCCAGAGAUGCCUUGGGUCGUUUGGAGGUGUCGGGGUGGCUAUUGUCAGCGCGCCCUUUUCUGACGCGCCGAGUGUUGGGAGCCAUCGACAAUUUGGCCAGCAGCCCCGGCUUGGGACAAGAACCAGACUACACUCAUCUCAAAUCUCAACUUGACGUGGCUUUUGACCGUCUGGGCGCUUUGAAGGACCACACCGGCGCCAGGUUAUUCAUCGAUGUCGACAGAAACCGCGGCUCUUUCGACGUCGCCAAAUAUGAAGGCCUCGUUGUCUGCUUUACCGGUCUAUUGGAUGCACGGGGUGGGACUGUUCGGAAAGAUUCAUUCCGCUCUUUCCCAGAAGAGGUGGAUUACAAGUCAAUAAAAGGAGUGACAUGGGUGCCGGCUCCAGCACGCUGGAAGGUAGUUGCUCAUGGGAUCGGGCACUGGCUCGAACUUGACGACAUGUAUCGCGAGGUCCACGGCGACGGAACCGUGGAGAAGGGAACAGCGGAAGAGUGGGAUAUUAUGGGAGACCAGACUGCCGCUCCUCUCUUGUCUGGUUUUAACGCUGACAAGCUGGGCAUCUACGCCCAAUCGAAUAUUGCAACUCGGCUCUGGACCCCGGAUAUUUUCAACACCACAGACGAAGAGAUUGUCCUCGUCACUCACGGAGCAAUCGAGAACAACCCAUCCAAUGGUUUCAAAAACCUGUUGAGAGUUGACAUUGCAAAUACGUCGGUCCGGUACUACGUAGAGGUCCGCCAGUCCGUUCCGACGGACGGCACGAACCGCCUCAUGUUUGACCAACGUCUCCCAUACUCUGGAGCCCGCGUCAUUGUGACGGUGGCUGAGAAUUCUGCCACCAGAAUCUCCAAUUCUUACGAGAGCAAGGUCUCGUUAGUCGGCAUGCUUGACGUCGGGGAAUCGGCGUAUGAUGCUGGCAGGCUCAUCCGCAUCACGGCCCUCUCAUCCACCCAGGCAAAUCCCGCCGCCAUCAGGGUGAAGCUCCAAAUGAACCUGCAGCCGCCGUCUGGGCCAAAGGGGCAAUUCGACCUGCGCAUGGAACCAAUGAACCCCGACGGCUGGGAGUCGUCAGACAUUUGGAUCAAUAGCCCCUUGAACGACGAGGCUGGCCAGGCCAUCUACCGCUUCCAUGAACUAGGGGACAAGACCAAGGCAGUCAACAACGGAGACAUGCCGUGGGUUCAUCACACCAACACAAUCACGGCCCGCGUUCACAACGAUGGGAUCGAAAAGGCUGAAAACGUCAUUGUCACUGCCUACACGAAUGUACCCCCUGGCAUUGGGGAUAAUGGCAACUGGGUACCGCUGCAGACUCACCCCCCCAUUCCCCUUAUCGCAGGGGGUACCUAUGAGACGGUGGAUUUCGAAUGGGCGCCGCGAGCAGAUGAGCACACUUGCAUUACCAUAGCCAUCUUCCCACAGGAGGGCGAGGAGACAUUUACCAACAACCGCGCCCAGGAGAACGUCUUUCUCUUCGACAGCGUCGGCGCAUCCUCCCAUGAACCCGUCGUCCUCACCGCUGCGGUCCGUAACCCCUUCACCGUGUGGCGCUGCAUUGAGCUGCGAGUCUUUGGGAUCCCCGACGGAUGGCAUACCACCGUCGACAAGCACUGGGUGUGGUUGCCCCCUCGAGGCGAGAUACCCCUGACGGUUGUGCUGUGGACGGAUCGGGAUUCCCCCCGUCUCGGCAAUGAGCCAAAGAAGAUUGAUCCAGAGGCCUUUGUCCGCAUAGAGGGCUGGACGUACUUUGGCGAGCACGUCUACCGACCCAUCGGUGGAAUCCAGGCCAUAGUGACGGCGAACGCGGCGUCUCACAUCAACGCGGCCGCCACUGGGCACGAUAAUCGCAUUCGGACAAGUAUUCAGCUGUCUCCUGGUCUUGGUGGCAUUCCCGGCGCAGUCGAGAUGAUAAGCACACGUCUAGGCAGCAAGUCGAAGCUUGUCAACUUUAAGACAGGCGCAGGAGGGAGGGCCGAGGUGGUCAAGGAAGUGGGAAGCGGCGAGUACGAGGUCCAGGUCUUCACCUCGUCGACCAAGGAGGUAGUCGGGGCCGAGAGAAGUAAGAUGACUGUGCGGGUUGGCCGUCACUAA